AUGAGCCAUAGGGAAUCAACCGAAGAUAUUAAUACACUUGGCAGUUCUGCAUCUGACAAGGAGGAAUUACUGCCGGCUGCAGUAGAUGGUGACUGCCAGCCUAAUGUAAGAAAUGAUGCAGAAAAUGAAGGGUUCUUCAACAUGCUGAGCCAUAUUCAGAGAAACCGCAUGGAUGACCAGAGAUGCAAUCUGAGCAAUAGCGAGAUGCCCUCCAACAAAUCAACUCUCAUUGCAGCCAGCGAUAGCAGCUCUGAUCGGCCAAUUAAUGAACUCCUGGACAUGCUGGCUGACAAACAAGGGCAGCGAUUGGACGAUCAGCGGGUUACCUGUGACAAUUUACCAGGCCUCCAGCUCUCUGAGUGUUUCAUUCGGUCCACUGUCGAAGAGACCUCUCCAGAAUAG